CACCUAUGAUCACUCCCGUGGACAUUGUUCUUGUUCGCUUCUUAACAUGGAGAACAUCAUGACUAUUAUUUCAUGCAUUACAGCUUCCAGCUUUGAAUUUAAGGAAGGAACCUACAUGGAUGCCAACAAUUUUAUUAUAUACAGCAUUCAACUGCUACAGGCUCAAAGUGAAGUUCCAAAGCAGUUAAACAAGAUCAGUUUUGUAAAUGUUGUUUUGUCUGAGGAGUUUCUGUUUGCCUUUAUAAAAUGGUUGCAAAAUGUUCAAAUAACUUUGCUAGCGUUUGAAAACACAACUUUUGUGGGCAAAUAUAAUGUGACAAUGGGAGUACAACAACCUCGUAUAUCAUCAAUACAAUUCAUCAACAUGUCUUCACAUCCAUUAAUACAGAGAGAUACUGUGUUCUAUGGUCUUGGAAAUUGGAUGUCUACCCUGGGCAAAUUAACAGUGAUGAAGUCCAACUUAAAGGCUAUUCCAUGUGAUAUCAGUUUGAAUUUUAAGUAUAUGUCAGAUCUAGACCUAUCAGAAAACCUUCUUCAAGAGGAAAGUCUCUCUUCAUCUUUUUGUAGUGGUGCAUUUCCCAAUCUCAAGAUAUUAAAACUUCAUCGUAAUAAUUUAGUUAAUUAUGAAUCUGUCUGCCAAUCACUAAGGAAAUACAACCUAUUGGCACAUUUAGACCUAAGUAAGAACAAUUUCUCUAGAAAUUCCAGUUUUCUUUGUGAAUGGCAGCCAUCGUUAAUUCGCUUAAAUUUGUCUAAUACUGGCCUGGAGCAUGUUUAUAUUGGUUUGCCUAAAAACUGUGAAGUCCUUGAUUUAAGCCACAACAAAAUUGAAAUGCUAAAUAUCUCAUUGGCUAGACUCAAAGAGCUCUAUCUGUCUUACAAUGUUUUUACAACUCUUUCCCCCAUGGGUAAUCUCCCUUUUCUUCAGGUCAUAGCUGUUGAUGGGAAUCUUAUUGAAACCCUAAACAGAGGACAGCUGCAAUCUUUUGAACAUCUGAGAAGCUUUAUAGGAGACAAUAAUCGAUAUACUUGUUCAUGUUCUUUUGUGACUGAAAUGAGAGAAAUUGUAGAAAUGGAUUGGAUAGUUCAAAAUUGGCCCGAAGGAUACAUAUGCCAUUCCCCACCAGCAGUCAGGGAUAUGUUGGUUGAUGAUGUCUAUCGUUCCUUCUUUGACUGCCAUACGCAUCUCUUAAUAGUUUUGAUAUGCAUCAUAAUAUUAUUGUUAAGUAUAGCUAUUAUAAUUUGCUUUGUUAAAAUUCAUCGGAGUAACAAAACAAGAUCUUCACGGACAGUUAGUGGGAAUUCAAACAGUGUGCAGCUUUAAUAAGAUUUCAUUUUUCCUUGAAUCAGCUGGACUACCAAUAGGA